CUCGGACAUACAUUCACCCCAUAAUCCUAUCUGCAAAGUGCAAUUAACCCAAAAACUGUAGCCCGUCAACAUAGAUUCGCAACCAGAUCCCGUUUAGACAUACACACCACAGCCAGGAUGGCGCAUCGCGAGACGGCGCCGUACACGGCCCAGAACCCACGCGAGAUCACACAGCUUAUCCACUCGCUCGAGGGACACAAGGGCAACAAGUCGAAGAACUCGGGGGGUUUCUCGGUCCGGAAGCACACGUUCGAGCUGCCCAAUGGCCGGACCGUCGACUCGUGGAAGAUGAGCGAUUGGGACUACAAGAAGGCGAACCUGCCGACGUAUGCGCGGGGUCUCUUCACGUACAAGACGCUUGCGGGGAACGACGAGAUUGCAGUGAGGGGCUACGACAAGUUUUUCAACCAUGGGGAGGUGCGGAAGACGGAGUGGAGGAAUGUGGAGCAGAAUACGAGGGGCCCGUAUGAGCUGAGCGUGAAAGAGAAUGGGUGUAUCAUAUUCGUUGCUGGUCUUGACGAUGGGACACUGUUGGUUUGCAGUAAACACUCGACAGGUGCACGAGCGGACGUCGAGCUGAGCCAUGCUAUGGCGGGAGAGCGGUGGGUGGAACGUCAUCUCGCUACUGUCGGCAGGACGAAGUCGGAUCUCGCGAGGCGGCUGCGGGACAUGAAUGCUACGCUUGUGGCAGAGCUCUGCGAUGACGACUUCGAGGAGCAUGUCCUUGCAUAUUCCAAGGAAGAAGCUGGUCUUUACAUCCACGGCAUCAACCUCAACCUUCCUGAAUUCGCAACAUACCCGGGACACCUUGUGGACAAGUUUGCCGAUGAGUGGGGAAUGAAGAAGGUGAUUUACGUCAUGGAGGACGACAUCACAAAAGUCAAGAAGUUCUUGGACACCGUGGCAGAGACCGGAAACUACAACGGACGCGACACAGAGGGCUUCGUGAUUCGGUGUCAGGCAAGGGAGAAUGAACAUUCGCCAUGGGUCGAUUGGUUCUUCAAGUACAAGUUCGAAGAGCCAUAUCUCAUGUACCGGCAGUGGAGAGAAUGUACCAAGGCGAUCAUCGGAGGGAAGCCCCCACGCUACAAGAAGCACGUGAACAUCACCAAGGAGUAUCUUGAUUUUGCACGUCAAAAGUUCGUAAAGAACCAAGGGCUUGCAAAAAAGUACAACCAGAAUCAUGGAAUCAUCAGGUUGAGAGAGGAGUUCCUCGCCUCCCGCGGGACAACAGGUGCAGAUAUCAUUCGUCAAGAGAUGGAGGGCGGCGAUGUGGAUAGCAAGGAUGUCGUUCGAAACGUGGUGCUGGUUCCCAUCGCUACUAUCGGAUGCGGCAAGACGACCAUUGCCCUCGCCUUGGUGAAGCUGUUCGGGUGGGGCCAUUUCCAAAACGACAACGUCAAGACUAAGAAGGGCCGCGGCCAAGUCUUCGCUGACACAAUAUCCUCAUUGCUGGUCACCAACCCCGUCGUUUUUGCGGACAGGAAUAACCACCAAAAGCGCGAGCGAGACCAGCUCAUCAACGAUAUCUCUAAGACCAUGCCAAAUGUGCGGUUUGUGGCAAUUCAUUACGUCCAUGAUCGAGCCAACUUUGAGCCAAUUCGCGCGGCAACACGGGCCCGUGUAUUGUCGCGUGGUGACAAUCAUCAGACCAUCCAAGCUGGCUCAAAGGAUCAGGGUGAGAUCAUUGAGAUCAUGGAGGGUUUCAUGCAUCGUUUCCAGCCUGUCGACACGUCCGACGCACCUGACGACCAUUUCGAUCUAGUCAUCGACAUUGAUCCUACUAUCGAAUCACGCGAGAACCUGGAGGUUGUCAUUGAGAAGCUUCACUCGACAUAUCCCGGCCUAUUCAGAGAUCGCGAGAUGCCUACUCCCAGCGACCUUGAUGCCGCUGUUCAAUGGGCCAUGGAAUACCAGCCUGAUUUCAAGAUGGAUCUGUCGCGUGGUGGCAACAAUCGAGGCCAGAAUCAGAAUCAAAACCAAAAUCAGAACACCAACAAACGCCAGAACGAGCCGAAGCCCAAGAAGCAGCCAAAGAUGGAGUAUUUUGGCAUUCGCGUACAAGCCCCGCGGAUCAAUUCCAUCCUUGAGGCCAUGUUCCGCGACCAAGAUGCUCAGACGGCGAAGUUCUUCCGUCAUCUCCAGAAUGGGAGGCGCAUACAGGCGGAGUUUCACGUUACACUAAUUCACCGAGCAUCAGCUUCACAGCAUCAGCAGUACUGGGAGAAGCUGAACGCGCUCCACGGUGGUGUCAUGCAACAGGCGAACGGAAACUGGGAGCCUGAACUUGGCAAGUGUGGAGUGCAUCUCGAGCGAGUGAUUUGGGACGAGCGGAUCAUGUGUUUUGUCGUUCGUCUCAAUGGUGCUGCGACUCUGACGGCUAGCAAUGAGACAGGAAAAGCCACGGAAGAGGUGAACUUCGAAACAGUGAACGCAGUUGCGCACAUCACGGUAGGCACAGCCGAUCAGUCCAUCAAGCCAAAAGAGAGCAAUGACCUACUUCAGCGAUGGUUGAACGAGGGAAGUGGACCAAAUGGGAUUGGUGAGCUCGCCGUGAAAGGCAACCUUGUGCUUGAAGGGAGCGUAAGAGGUGUCCUGGGCAGGUCUUGAGAAGUGACAUGCUGCUGCAGCCAUGACGGACAAUGAAGUUUCGAGCUCUAAUGGCCAAGCAUCAUUCACAGCAAACUCCGAAUUCGGGAGCAAAAAAAGCACGAAGGGAAUUUUGCCAACGGCGACGGGGCGAUGAAAACAUUUGGAAGGACUAUUAGCAUGAUACCACGGCAUUGAAAUAGUAUGUGAAUACAUUAUGAGAUCUCUCCUCAGUCUUGGAGGCAAGAAUGCGGGAAAAACAA